AUGGAUUUGACGAGUUAUUAUAAAAAUCGAAGAUAUUGUAAAAUUGAAGAACAACAAGAUGUUAAAAACCAGUAUAACCAUGAUGUACAAAUGUAUUCCGAAUAUCCGAAUAACUCAGUCCAACUUGAACAAUUCUAUGAAUUAGGAUAUGAAAGACGGCAAACUCUUAAGUUGAUUGAAUUGAUGCUAAGCAGAUCAGAUUUAAAAACCAUUGAAGAGCGAAAGUUAGCACUCAAAAAUGCUUUAAAAAAAGAUGGUUAUAAUUAUGCCGCCAAAUUAUUAACUGCAGUGGGAUGUUCGUCUCAUACAGAUAUGGACAUAGAAGCACGAAAACGAGAUGCUUUAUCUCAUUACAUUUUGAGACUUGCAUAUUCUCAGAAUCCAGAAUUGAGAAAAUGGUUUGUAGCUAUGGAAGUUGAAUAUAUGAAGCUCAGGCUUACUUCAUUAAAUAACGAAGGCAUGUCUAAGCUAUUAGCUAUCAAUAAUUUUACAUACAAACCUAUUCCGCAAGAAGAAAAAGAUGAAUUACGAGAAGAAUUAAGUUGUUCAAUAUCUAAAUCAUUUGUUGUAGAUAACGUUGAUUUUUAUAAAGUGCCUUUUACAAAAGUUCUGGAUUUGGUUAAAACCAGAAAAGUUUAUCUCAAAAAAGGUGUCGCAUAUACUCCACAAUUUGAACUGUCGUCUCUAGUCGUAUCACAAUACAAGCGACAUUUAACAAAAGCUGUUGAGAUCGCUUCGCAGUGUUUUUAUGAAUUACAAGGCGACGAGAGAGUAUUUAAGUAUCUCAAAAACUUACCUAAUUACUUUCCUGAGCAUGAUCGUACUAUUUGGUCAAAUACAGAUACUCCAGUUGAUGCAUUAGAUGAACUUUCGAAAACUUCUUAUCCAUUAUGUAUGAGAACACUACAUGAAGCAUUAAAAAGUAAUCAUCAUCUCAAAAAUUCAGGGCGAGUACAAUAUGGUCUCUUUUUGAAAGGCAUUGGUGUUAAAAUGGAUGAAGCAUUGCAAAUGUGGCGAACAGAAUUUACAAAAAAAAUUGAUGCUGAUAAGUUUGAUAAACAAUACGCUUACACUAUUAAAUAUAUCUAUGGAAAAGUCGGAAGCCAGAAAAAUUAUACACCGAUGGGGUGUUCCAAAAUUAUUAGUAAUAUUGCAGGUGCAGGAGAGUAUCACGGUUGUCCAUAUAGACUGAUGGAUAGUGGUACUCUCAAAAAGAAACUGACUAGUUACGGAUUAUUAGCCACAGAUGUUUCUGAGAUUGUCUCAUUAGCUGAAGAGCAUCACUAUCAACUAGCAUGUGCUAAGUGUUUCGAAGUAACUCAUAAAAUUCCACCAGAGCAUCCGGUGAUGCAUCCAAAUGCUUAUUAUUUGGACAGUCGAAGUAUUAUUGAUAAACUUACUGCAAAUCCUCCUAGUUCUCGUGAAAAUCCAUCAGAAAAUAAUACACCUAAACAAAAGAUGAAAGUUAAGUCCGAAAAAUUCACACCUACCAGAACACCCAGUACUAAAACACCCACUGCUAGAACACCCUCUACUAGAACACCCAUUAGAACACCAACCAGAACAAAUGACAAACCUUUAGCUAGAAAAAUAAUUGAUGUGAAGCCUGUGGAUAUUGAAAAAAUGUUAAAUGAAGAUGCAAUGGAAGUGGAUUUCGAUGAAUCAUUCUGA